AUGGUAAAUGAUCGCAAUAACUGUAGAUCAGUCAUGCGAGAUAGUUCAAAAAGAAUAUAUUUUCCAGAAGUGGUAGUUCCAAACAAACAUACAUCAAAUAAUCCACUUUUAAGUGUGUGUAAGAAUAAUCCUGAUGACUUAAAAUUAAGUGAAACAACAAAUAAAGACUAUUCAAACCACUAUUUAAUGUCAAUUUAUGAACUCUAUGUAUUUAGAAUUGUAGUAUGUGAAGCUCAUCUUCAGGGUAAUUGUCAAGAUUCAGAUAGAUGCCCAUUUAGUCAUUGUUUGACAUGGCAAAGAAGAAAUCCAGAUGAUCAUUAUUAUUGUCCAAAACUAUGUCCUGAAAUAUCUUUUGUAAAAAAUAAUGAAAAGAUGAAUUUGAUACGCCGUUGUAAAAAGGGUAAACAUUGCACAUUUGCACACUCAAAAGAAGAGCAACUAUAUCAUCCACUAAUGUACAAAACAAAGGAAUGUUCACUAUACCCAAACUGUAACAGGUAUUACUGUCCAUUUUCACAUGGUUCUAAUGAAAUUAGGUCACCUGAAAAAGUACGUGAAUCAAUACAAGAAAUAAUGAGAAGCAAGUCUAGUGGAAUAUUUAGGAAUCCAAGAAAAAUAUUAUCUAAUAUGGACUUUAAAAAAAAAUAUAGAAUAACUUGUGUAGAAAAUGGAGAGUCAAAUAGACAUUUAUGUAUUCAAGAUAGCUAUGAAACUUUUCAAGGUCUAGAGACUACUUAUGAAAAAACAAUCAGUGAUUUAUCAUCUAAUGGAAAUAAAUCAAUUUCAUUCUCUGAACAUGAUUUGAAUCAUGAUACUGAAACCAACAAAGAAGUAACUCAAGAGAACAUAGUUAAACAAUGGUCUCAACCCUAUGAUUGGUUAGUCAAUACAAGCACUCGCAAUGUUCAUCCUAAUUUUGCAGGCAUAAUCCGGAAUAUAGAUGAUCUUUGUAAUUUAGAACUAGAAAGUGAAACAAAAUUAUGUAAUACUCAUGAUAUCAAUAAAAAUGAAAGUGAAUAUGACUUAAUGUGGCAAGAAAUAUCUAAUCGUGUUAAUAAUGGUGAUAGAAGAUAA